AUGACCGUCGACCACACGAUGCGAGCGACAAUUCUUCGCUUCGAUCUCUUUUUCGCUGGUGCUGAUUUAGCAAUGCAGACGCGACUGCAAAAGGCGCUGGACGUCAUACGCAGCGCCAUUGACAUUUUCGGUCUGGAGGGCGUGUGCUUUAGUUUUAACGGCGGAAAAGACUCGACAGUGUUGCUCCACUUGCUCCGCAUUGUAGUCGCCAAGCAAGUGUUGGAAGAGGCGCAGUUGAAGGACGUGAAGCGGCGACAGGAAGCGCAAGGCGGCACGACUGUGACAUCGCCACGAAAGAGUUUUGUCUCGGCUGACUUGUUGCACGAAGAAGAGCUGGAAGAACGCGUCCGUGCGCGAUUGCAACGCGUGCCGGUCAUGUACUUUGACUCGUCCGCGCAGUUCCCAGAGGUGCGGGACUUUACCGACGCGUGUUCGAAGAAAUACGCCCUGAAUUGCCACGUGUACAAGUGCUCGUUCGUCGAAGGCGUGAAGGACAUGUUGGAGAAACUCAAGAUCAAGGGCAUUUAUAUGGGCGUGCGGGGAGGAGAUCCACAUACGGAGGACAUGGAGCACUUUUCGCCGAGCAGUUCGGGGUGGCCGCCGUUUUUGCGGGUGAACCCGAUCUUGCGGUGGACGUACGCGGAUGUCUGGAGCUUCUUACGCGACUGUCAACUGGAAUACUGUGUGCUGUACGAUCACGGGUUCACUUCGCUAGGCAACAUCUUUGACACUGUGCAGAACCCAGAGCUCUGGCGAAAAGGCGAGGAGGGUCAGGGAGGACAUUAUCUGCCUGCGUACGAGCUUAAGGAUGGCAGCUCUGAGCGCUGUGGGCGACAGAAGAAGGCGCAUACGACAUCCAAGCCCGAGUAA